AUGUCAAAGACGCUAUCUUGGGUUCUGCGUCAUGGCGCACGAUCCGAAGGAUUAGAGAUGCGCCCUGACGGGUAUGUGCGCGUCGACGACCUUGUGAGUCUGAAGAUACCCAAAAUGCGCGAAAUGAACUUCGACAUGCUAGAACAGAUUGUAAAGGCCGACAACAAGAGCCGGUAUAACUUAAUUCACGAGCCUGACAAGGCUGUUGGCUCUCCAAGUCAGAUCUGGUGGAUCAGAGCAAACCAAGGGCACUCAAUGAAGACCGUCGUACUAGACUUACAGCCCAUUCAAUCUCCUGCUGACAUUCCGACCGGUCUUGCUGUGCACGGGACAUCGCGAAAAGCAUGGGACAUCAUCUGUGAACAAGGACUAUCCAAAAUGUCCCGCAAUCACAUUCACCUCGCUCAAGGUGUACCGGGCUCAGGCGUCAUCAGCAUGCGCAGUUCCUCUUCUAUCUUCAUAUUCGUCGACAUACAGAAGGCUCUCGCCGCCGGUAUCAGGUUCUACCUGUCCGACAACGGUGUCGUGCUAACAGAUGGCGACGAGAAGGGCUUCCUGAGCCCGCAAUUCUUUGCCCGUGUUGAGACAGCAAAACGCGAGCCGCUUCCUGGCUGGGAAGGUGCUGGGCCCAUCCAACUUCUCAAUCAGGACAAGGUAGACGUAGAACAGGUCGAACAAGAAAUCGAAGUUCCCAAAGGUAGUAGUUCACAGCCGUCGAGCUCGGAAAGGAAAGUGGAGAAGACGGAAACGCUUCUACUAUAA